GGUUGUGAGAGAAGCGAUAGGAACCGGUGUGUAGUUAAUGUUCCUACAGGUCUGAGAUAUAAAGAAGUUACAUUUAAUAUCUGGCAAUUAAAAGACAAAUCGAAUGGCUGCAGAGGACAUUGAUCAGCUUGCAGAGGUCCUGGCCAAGACUCACGUCGAGGAAGAGCUAAGUUACAAAGGACAAGGACUGAAGCUGAGUGAUAAACAAUCAGUGGAGGAAAUAGUGAAGAAAAUAGAACAAUUUCAGGGUCUAAAGGCAUUAAGGUUGGAAGGUAAUACUAUUGGUGUUGAAGCAGCACAGGCCAUUGCUAAGUCUCUUGAAUCCAAAAAGGAACUGCAGCGAUGUUACUGGAGUGAUAUGUUUACGGGUCGCCUUCGGUCUGAAAUUCCUCUUGCCUUGAAAUCACUAGGUGAUGCUUUGAUGAUGUCAGGGGCCAAACUGACUGAACUGGACUUGAGUGACAAUGCAUUUGGACCUGAUGGAGUAAAGGGCAUCGAGCCCUUGCUGAAGAGUCCUGUGUGUUACACCCUACAAGAACUCAGGCUAAAUAAUUGUGGCAUGGGCAUUGGAGGAGGCACAAUCUUGGCUUCUGCGCUGACUGAAUGCUACAAGCAAUCAAGUGUUGCUGGCUCCCCUCUCAAGCUGAAAGUCUUUGUAGCUGGUCGUAAUCGUUUGGAGAAUGAGGGUUCCACAGCUCUUGCUCAUGCAUUUCAGUUGAUUGGUAGCCUAGAGGAGAUUCACAUGCCACAGAAUGGCAUCAACCAUCCUGGAAUUACAGCUUUAGCCACUGCAAUGCAGCACAAUCCCAAUUUGUGUGUGCUCAAUCUUAAUGACAAUACCUUUACUAAGAGAGGUGCUGUAGCGGUGGCCCAGGCCCUCAGGCACCUGCGCAGGAUUGAAGUUGUUAACUUCGGAGAUUGUUUGGUGCGCUCGGAAGGAGCCAUUGCGAUUGCAGCAGCCCUAAGAGGACUGCCUGUUCUCAAGGAAGUAAAUCUGUCCUUUGGGGAGAUUUCAGAGGUUGCAGCUCUUAUAGUUGCUAAAGCUGUACAAGACAAAGCUGAUCUGGAAAAACUGGACCUCAAUGGAAACUGCCUGGGGGAGGAUGGCUGUGAAGCUCUCAAAGAGGCCAUGGAGAGCAUGAACUUGGGGAAUGUGCUCGGCUCGCUCAGUGAUGAUGAAGGGGAAGAUGAAGAUGAUGAGGAAGAGGACGAUGAGGAUACAGAAGAUGAUGAUGAUGAUGAUGAUGAAGAAGAACAUAAUUUAGUAAAUGGGACAGCAGAAGUGAAUGAUAAAAAAGAUGGAAGCCCAUCAAAGGUGCCACCAUGCAGUCCUGACCUGAUCUCGUUCCUUCAGUCUCCAACAUCAGAGAAACUGCUCAGCCUGGGAGCCAAGAGGAAUCAGCUCUUUGAGCAUCAGAUUGAGUUUUCAGGUGCUGCUAAGAUUGCUGAGGUUUUUCUUCAGUUAUCAUCAGUGUAUGAAGAAGAGCCAGAGGUGAAGCAGGUCAUUUUUGCUACUGCUGAUGUCCUGUUAAAGAAAGCUUUUUCCUGCCCCCAGUUUGAGACCUUCAGUUUCAUCUCUUCCCUGUUGGUGAAGCUGGGGCUUGUGAAGGGUGAGGGAAAGAUCAAGAAAGUGAGUCUCUCGCCCGGUCAUCUUUUAGUUCUUCAGCACUGUGUUGAGCAGGAUUACUUUCCUCUGGACCAGGUUGAAGUUUUGGAGGCCUUUUUGUCUCGAAACGGCAAAGUUUUAGAGUCAUGUUCCAGUGCAAGAGAUUCACUUCAAACCAUACUGGAGAACAGGAUCACUGCCUAGUGCCCAGUCACACAGGUCAAACACACUGAAAAGAGGACCACAGAUGCUCAUAAGGACUUAACACUUUUUAACUGUAACCAUCUUAGUGGUCAGUUAACUUCUGCUGUAUUUUUUUAUUUUUGAAAUGGUGGAACUUCUACAACAAAAAUGUAGGAUGUACAUUGUAAAUGAGUUCUCAUUAUUACCAAAACUUAAACCAAAACUUAAACCAAAACUAGCUUGAACGAAAGUGGGAACCUCAUGAGGUUUUGCUUUAAUUGCUUGUUCCGGACUAUUAUUAGUUUAAUCAGUGAAUUACUUUCUGCUGGUGAUAUUUGAAGAGUAGCCGUUUAUGCUGCUUCAUUAUGGGCCAAAGCAGAACUGACUGGAAGCACCAGCUUCAAAUGUUUAUCACAAUUUAGAAUAUACUUUUACUCUCCUGACUGGUCUUGACAAGAGCUUGAAUUAUCAACUUGCUUCAUGAAAUGCCAGACUGAAACAACAUUGUAGUUUGGGUAAAACAAGCGCUUCAGUAAAACACACUAGCACACCAGAGCUGAAAUCUUAAACUCUUGAUCCAGAUUUGCUGCUGGCCACCUAUACGAACAAUGAUGAAAAAUGUACAAUCUUACGGAUCUUCUUUUAUGAUAUACCUAUAUUUUUGAUAGAUAACACAAAAAACUUAAUAAAAAGUGGGCACUCAGUAUUAGGGCUGUAGUGCAGGCAGCUUUUGUUGUCAAUUUAUUGCAUAACUUGAAAUAGAUGAAUUUAAUUGCAUUGUAGUGUAGCACAGACAACAUCUCAACACUUUGGUUUCUUUCCGAUGUGUCAGAUUCAGAAUGGAAAUGAAAUGAUUUCAUUGUGUGUGUUGUUACAUCAUGUGUGGACAGCAAAAUAAGAAUUUCAUUGUACAGGGAAACACGUUUCCUACUGUACAUAUGACAAUAAAGCUUUGAAAUCUUGAAAUGAUGACAGAACUGGGAUUCAAACCUGGGAAAGGUUUUAAUAGCCACAUCUUGUCAGAGAACACACAGUGAAAGGGAACAACAUGAAUUAUGUAUAACCUCUUGGCUGUAAGAUUUUUUUAUAUGAAGUGGAAUUUAUUUGCUUGUUUUCACAUUAAACUGGUGAAUUACUAUGUUCAGAA